AUGGAUCCCAAGAACACCGCGAACCAACGCCUGACACAGAUCAAAGAUUUAUUAACUAUGGAAAAAACCGCCACGAACAUCCCGUGGGAUCCAGAUAGCACCAAAUUUCCCACGCGAAAGGAACUUCCAGAGAUUCCUGGCGCCCCCAAAGGAGCCGCUUGGGUCUGGGGCGACAACGACUACAUUGGGCGCCUGAACCUUCUUACACCGACCCGCGUAGCUGCAGCGGCUAAAGAGAUCAAGUCUGGAGAGAUAGUACCCGUGAAUCUACCUCUUAACGUGCCCAAUGUACCAGCAUUCGGCCGUGAACCCUUCAAGCACGAAGUCAAGACUGUACUCGAAGGAAUUGUCUAUGAUGAUGUGUACAACCUGAACACUCAGAGUGGCACACAAUGGGAUGGCUUUCGUCAUUUCGCCCACAUAGCAAGCGGAAACUUUUAUAACGGCACAAAAGGCAGCGACAUCGCUGGUCCGCACGCCAACCACAAAUGCUCGAUUCACCACUGGGCUAACCACGGCAUUGCCGGCCGCGGCGUCCUCCUCGACUACAGAAGCUACGCCCACAAAAAAGGAAUCGCCUACGACCCCUACGACUACCAUCCCAUCUCCUUCGAGGAACUCUACCACUGCGGCAAAGAUCAGGGCAUCGACAUCCGACCCGCAGCUCAAGGCGGCGACAUCAAGCCCGGAGACAUGCUCUUCGUUCGAAGUGGCUGGAAAGAAGCAUAUGACGGCAAGAGCGAUGAAGAACGAGCUAAAGCUGCGGUGCCCCAUGAUGCCAGGAAAGGAGGGGCGGAUGGACACCGGUUUGCGGGGUUGAGCCAGGAAGAGAAAAUUUUGGAUUGGCUGCAUGAUUGCUACUUUGCGACUGUUGCGGGGGAUGCGCCGGCUUUUGAGGCGUGGCCUACGCAAGAAGAGUACUAUCUCCACGAGCACAUACUUGCGCUUUGGGGUAUGCCACUGGGUGAGAUGCUGGACUUGGAAAAGCUGGCACAGACGUGUCGGGAGAAGGGGAGAUGGUUCUUUUUCUUUUCUUCCGCGCCCGCGAACUGUCCUGGUGGAGUCGGCUCUCAUGUCAAUGGUACCGCGAUCUUUUAG